CCUUCCGGUGGCAGCGCGACAUUGUAGUCCAACAUGGCUGCCUCCAGCAGGUCCGUUUUCUCCAGCUGUCUGAACUACACGCGCAGCUUCUCGCUCACCUCGACGCGGACCAGCCGACAGUUCACCAGGCAGAUCUGCGUGUCCUCGCGCGUGCAGGUGAACAAGGCUGCGCGAGGACCGGAGAAAUUCUCCAUCGAGUACAUCAGGAAGCACGCGGAGGAGUUCGAGGUUGGCAAGCGCCGUCUCGCGAACAUGAUGGGCGAGGAUCCCGAGACGUUCACGCAGCAGGACGUCGACAGGAGCAUAGAAUAUCUCUUCCCGUCUGGCCUGUUUGAGAAAAAGGCGCGACCUGUCAUGAAGCACCCUGAGCUGAUCUUCCCCAAGCAGACAGCGGCCCAGUGGGAUAAAGAUGGCCGCCCUUUUCACUUCCUCUUCUACACAGGGACACCUUCAUUCUACUCCAUCAUGCAUGACACGUUCGGGAAAGUGCUGGCCAUAGAAAAACAUCAAGACCAGAUGAGGAGUAAAGGAGCUCUUCCUCAAGACAGCAAGCAGAUCUCUCUAGGUGGAAGCAGAUGGCUACUGAAGGAAGAGUUAGAGGAGGUUCUGGUGGAGAAUAUCUCAGACCAGGAUUACUCACGGUUCCUACAGCUGAUGGACAAGUUGCUGUCUCUGCCCUUUUGCGCGCUGGAGGAGGAGUUUGUCCAGCGUUUCCGCAAGCAGCUGGAGAUUCAGUCCACCAAGCAGGAAAUCCCUGACGUUCAUUGUGAUGAGAACGGAAGAUCCUACAGUCAGGCCCAAGGCAGGAGGAAAACUGCCACGGCCAGCGUUACACUCCGAGACUGUGGCAGCGGACGCGUCGCUGUCAACGGAAAAGACUGUCUGCUGUACUUCCCUAUUCUGCAGGACAGGGAGCAGAUCAUGUUUCCUCUACACUUUGCGGGCAUGCUGGGAAGGUUCGAUGUGCAGGCACAUGUGGAGGGCGGGGGUCGCUCAGCACAGGCUGGUGCUCUCCGGCUCGCCAUCGCACGGGCACUGCUCAGCUUUGUCUCUACCCCCGCGGAGGUGGAGACCAUAAGGCAAGCGGGCUUGCUGACGGCUGACCCCAGGAUUAAGGAGCGACAGAAACCAGGCCAGGCAGGCGCCCGCAAGAAGUACACCUGGAAAAAACGUUGAACACUAGGGGGCACCUGGAGCAGAGCGCAGAGUGAUAAACCGACUGGAAGUGACUUCAAGUCCCAAGCAGAACCCACGUUCAUAUACAGAUCAGGCGUCAUUACUGUUAAAAAUACACUGAAUCCAUCAGAAUAAUUGGGGCUUGUUACGUUGCUCUACAUUAUGCAUUGUGCAUACGGUGUAUUCCAAUAAACCAAAUGUUUCCUAUAUUGUGUGUUGAUCUUCCCAGUGUGUCGUGCUGCGUUUGUGCCACCAGAGGGCGACCUCAGUCUUGUUUAGUGUCGAGCUGUAACUAGAACUACCGCUGUAAAUGUGUUAAGACAAAUCCAACUCAAACACGUUAAACCUUUACGCUUAUUGGAGGCGUUUGAAUGUAUUGUGUGUUGGUAUAAAAAACACCGUUGUUACAUAUGUACUAGUCUCUAUGCCUAGAAUGUGUUGCUACAUAAUGCAUAAUACAUAAAAGUGUGUAACAGGUGUGGUAGUUCUUUAUGUUUUAGGUCAUCGAGUUAUUCUUGCAUUAAACGGAGAGGACAGAGAAAUAUUUACAAAAACAAAUAAAUGCUUUUUAUUGGCGUUGCA